UCGAUGUGUUCUGCUGUGUUUUCUAUUAACACGUUAUGCCUGAAGCAGCAAGUUGACCCGUUUCCCGUGUGGCGGUAUUGACGUGUUAAACGGCCUUAUAGUGCUGUUUGAUUACUGGUGACAAGUAACAUUGUAUUGUUUGUUCAGAUGAAGUCUGUGAUCAAAAGAACCAAAGAGUCCCCUAAUGUGCACCCAAUGUCUCGGGACCUUUCUCCUCGUCGGAAGUUUGGACCAGCUAUAUACUACAAGAGUCCAUCACAAGACCGCCUCAUUGAAGAGCUGCAUGGGCGCUUUGGCAUAGACAAGCAGGAGACUAGCAAGACUCCAGAGGAUAAUUGGCUGACGGAGGGUGUGAUCAUUACAUCUCAGCCCGCUAAAAAUGUGCACCAGUCUGAGCAGAGGAUAGAGAAGAUAAUUAUCCCUCCAGAUUCUCCUCAGCUCAUGAGAAAAACAAUUACCACUUCUCCUCAUGGCACAUUACAGCUAACACGACUUGUGUCUAAAUCUACAUCCCCAGCACUACCACCACCACCUCCUAUGUCUUCCUCUACUGAAGCUGUCUCUUCAUUGUUCCCACCUCCAGCCCCUCCAUUGCCCCCAAGUCUCCCUCCCAUGCACAACAUGACCACAUCAAGUACACUUCCUCCUCAGCCACCUUCCUCGUGGAAACGAUAUAGUGAUGAUUACCAGGACUUGUCGAGGGCUGUUUUUCCUCAAGAAGAAUCUAGAAAACCCUGUCAGGAUGACACUACCAUGCCAUUGAUGGUGACCCCUUCUCUACUGAGAAUGCUGCCUACUCCAAAAUCAUAUGUAUCUGUGGGUUGUCAGACAGACGAUAAUUCACUGUUUCCACCUAUUCAGGCAUGGGACGAAAGUGUGUCCAUGAUGAUGUCUCCUGCUACUUACUCUAGUGGCAGGGCACUUACCGCACGUCCUCCUCUGAGCCGUUCCUUCUCUGACAAGUCACUGGUUCCUUUACCUCCGGCCUCUUCUACGUGGCCUCCACAAGAAGAAAAGUCUUUCGUGCCUGACUUUGAUUACCGCAAUGUCAACUCUAGAUUCCUGGAUUCAACAAAUGAAACCCCUUUGUUUAUGGCUCAAGGCCAAGGAAGAGCGGUGAACAGUUCUCCUCCAUCCAGCGCUCCGAAGCCUGGCAGUCAGCUAGACAAUAUGCUGGGUAGUCUCCAAUCUGACCUCAACAAGUUGGGUGUGGCAACGGUGGCUAAGGGUGUGUGUGGUGCUUGCAAGAAACCAAUUGCCGGCCAGGUUGUCACGGCCAUGGGAAAGACUUGGCACCCAGAGCAUUUUGUGUGCACACAUUGCCAGGAGGAAAUUGGGUCACGUAACUUCUUUGAACGCGAUGGGCAGCCCUACUGUGAAAAGGAUUAUCAUAAUCUCUUCUCCCCUCGAUGUUUUUACUGUAAUGGACCCAUACUGGAUAAAGUUGUAACUGCUUUGGACAGAACAUGGCAUCCAGAGCAUUUCUUCUGUGCGCAGUGUGGGGCAUUCUUUGGACCUGAAGGUUUCCAUGAGAGGGACGGAAAGGCUUAUUGCCGUAAGGAUUAUUUUGACAUGUUUGCUCCCAAGUGUGGUGGCUGCACCCAUGCAAUCCUGGAGAAUUAUAUUUCUGCGCUCAACACUCUGUGGCAUCCUGAGUGCUUUGUCUGUAGGGAAUGUUUUACUCCAUUUGUGAAUGGAAGCUUCUUCGAGCAUGAUGGGCAGCCAUACUGCGAGGUUCAUUACCAUGAGCGUCGUGGUUCACUGUGUUCCGGCUGCCAGAAGCCAAUCACCGGCCGCUGCAUCACCGCCAUGGGGAAGAAAUUCCAUCCAGAGCAUUUUGUUUGUGCCUUCUGCCUUAAGCAACUCAAUAAAGGAACCUUCAAGGAGCAGAAUGACAAGCCUUAUUGCCAGAACUGCUUUGUCAAGCUCUUCUGCUAGAGAACUGCACUGAAUCUAAACAUUUCAGCUCUGAGGGGAUGAGCGCAGCCAGGGUGGUUGAUAAAUGUCCGGACUUUAAGUGUUAAGGGAGGCUGAGGAUCCUUACUUCUGUUUUUUUACAUUUCCUUGCAAGGUGCUGAUCUGUACGUUGGUCACUUAAACACUUCAUUUCAGAAAGGCCCCUUAUUUCAUAUUUGGCAGCGCAAAGCUGCCCAUGAGUAGUACUGCAUGGCACGUUCACCUUGUGCUGUACGGCACUUUAAAAGGAGAGACAAUCUUCCAUGCAGCAGUUGUAUGUGUGGGUUAGACUGCUGCUGGCUCCCUCACUUAGAAAGUAAGAGGAAUGGCUCUCACGUCCUCGCUAGAAUGAGAUUGGCAGCUUUCAUUACAUGGGUUAAGCUGUGUCCUAAAAGGCCUGAUUCGGGAAUUACAGCAAUAACAUUUUCUAAUGACGGUUACUGGUAACUUGUCACCUGAAGGCAGAGUAGCUGAUCUUCAGGGUUUUAUUUUUUAACCUGAAAUCCACUCUUUCCUCAUUUAAGAGUGUGAUUUCUAAGAUUGGUUCAAUUUUAAUGACAAAAUAAAAUCAGCUUUUUAAAAAAAUAAAUAAAAAAAUAUACGCAUAUAUAAAAUAUAUUUACUCUAAAAGUAAAUCCAGUGGUACUGGAUUUUUUUUGUGCUUUAACUAAACCCGGCUAUUAACAUUUCAGUAUUUUUUUAGCGUGGAAUUACUUUAUUAACAAUUUUGGACAUCUGUUAAUUGAAGAGCAGUAUUUGAAAAUAAAAUGACUACAAUCAAAUAUUAAUAAUAAAUGCCAAAUUGGUUGUUUUUUUUUUAAUGUUAAUCGUGUACUUUAAUCAGAAAAAAAAAAAAAUUAUGGAGAGGCCUGCCACUUUAUUCUCAUUUUGAUCUAAGGGAGGUUAAGGGCUUUGUGGCAGGGGUUGACCCACGAACAAUAUCACCUGUCCAUAGUACUAGGCAGUCCUGUAGACAGUGAAUGGAGCGGUGGUCACACAUGCUCAGUUCUGCUCCAUUCAUUUAGGGUGGGGGACCCCUUUUUCUCAUGAUCAUUGGGGGUUCC